AUAAAAGUGACAGCAGACUCACGCACGAUGAUUGGUCGAGCGUCAGGAUAGUUGGGAUUUAAUGCUGUGUUCAUACCGUACACAGAAUAAAGUAUUAUCAUAGUCUAAUAGUUUGCUUGCUCAUAUCGUCCAAUUGGCAGUCCUACUGUAUUUACCGCGCAGCUGAAGCUUCCAUUGGAGACUGUGCACUUUAAACAGAGAAGCUCUGCUGUCUGGAGGAGGCUCGAGAGACUAAAUCUAAACAGCAGACUCCACACUUUAUCCACAUGGCAGAGCCCAACUUCCCCCCACUGCCGGGAUUCAUUCCACUCAAGCCAUGCUUCUACCAGGACUUUGAGGAGAUCCCUGAGCAGCACCGCAGCUUGUGCAAGAAAAUGUACAACCUGUGGAUAUUGAAUAGUGCUACUCUCGCGGUGAAUCUCAUUGGCUGCUUUGCUUGGAUGUUUGGUGGAGGGGGUGUGACCAACUUUGGACUGGCUAUCAUCUGGCUCCUCAUGUUCACGCCUUGCUCUUACGUCUGUUGGUUCAGAGCCAUCUACAAGGCUUUCAAGAGUGACAGCUCUUUCAACUUCAUGCAGUUCUUUUUUGUGUUCAUGGCCCAAGUUGGCAUCAGCAUCAUCCAGUGCAUAGGCAUUCCUGGAUGGGGAGUAUGUGGUUGGUUGGCUACCAUCUCCUUCUUCAGCUAUAAUAUUUUCAUUGCACUGGUCAUGUUGGUACCUACUAUCAUGUUCACUGCUGUGGCCUCGCUGUCCUUCAUUGCCCUCACCAGGAUCCAUAAUUUCUACCGUGGCAGUGGGGGCAGCAUGUCCAAAGCCCAGGAGGAAUGGGCCACAGGAGCCUGGAAGAACCCUCAAGUCCAGGCAGCGGCCCAGCAGGCAGCGAUGGGGGCAGCUGCCGGAGCCAUGCAGGAUCAUUCCUACUCCCCCAGCCCACAAUAUAACGACAACCAGAUAUAGCCUCUUUGAGACAAAUAGUUAUGCCAAAGUUUAAGUUAAAAAAGCAGAACUGUAAGUGAUUUCAAGUAAUUUCAUCAUUUGGGAAAACAAGCACUGUAGCUCUGAGCAUCUGUGGGAAGCUGGUUUUUGCCUUCCUGUAUUAAGGGGCACGCUGAUAUCUGUAGUGGUUUAUAUAAUUUCAGGUCUUGUUUGUGUUCUGUUUGGGAGGUUGAAAUGAAAGUAGUUUUGAAUGUGUAUUACUUUAAGGGCUCUGUGAGAGUGUGUAAUGUACUCUUUGUGUUGACCUGCAGUUUUAGCCAUUUUGACAAAAGAGAGCAAAAAUUAAUAAUAUUGGAUGUACAAUAACUUUUGUUGUAAUGAAGAUUUAAUUAUUUAGUAUUAUGUUGUGAAUAUAUUUAUUUAUGCAUUCAUUGAUUUGAAUGAUACAUUGUUUAGGAUGUAUAAAGUUACUUUAUUUGUUAUUUUUGUGUUAAUGUUUAGCUGUUGUUGUCUUGUAUCUAAAUUCAAAGGUAAACCUAGAUUUAAUGGAAUAUUGUAAUUUUAAUUUUAACAAUGCUACUUUAUGUUAUCACAGAAUAAUUAGUGUGAAUGGUUCUGUGUAUACAUUCAGCAAGAAAACAAGUAAAAUAUCCGAGCCAUGUGCUGUAAUCAUCUCUAGUUUUGGGCUGAAUGUCAAUUUAAAAGACAACUUAUGUGUUCCCCUGCAGUAUGGAUAUUUGACCACAGAGAGGCACUGAUGGAUUUAGUAUGAAAUAAAAAGUUCCACCAUGUA